GUUUUGAGCUCAAAAAGCACCUCGUAGCUGUAUGUAAACCAGGGAGAUAAAUGAACGGCUCUUUCACCGAUGCAAUUCGGUUACCGACGUUCACCAAAACGAUCCGUUCAAAAACAACCUUUCGUUACCGAACGACCAUCACUAGUUGAAACAGGAAAUACUAGUAUAAAGAAGUAGAGGAAGUAACGGACGUUAUCGUCGGAGAAACAUGUUUCAGAGCUGAGUGAGCUGUGACUUACAUCUAAAAUGAGUCUCUCUGAGGAGAGAGAGGAGGAGACCACUGCCUCUAAAACGAGUCUCUCUGGGGAGAGAGAGGAGGGGACCACUGCCUCUAAAACGAGUCUCUCUGGGGAGAGAGAGGAGGAGACCACUGCCUCUAAAACGAGUCUCUCUGGGGAGAGAGAGGAGGAGACCACUGCCUCCAAAAUGACUCAAGACACCAGUUCUAAGAGUGUUCAGAAGCCCAGAGCAGAGUCCCCUACAACCAGCCUGCUAUCAAUGAAGAGUGAUCAGCCACCUGCUUUCAGCCAGGAACCAUUACCAGAUGACAAUAAGGAAGUGGAGAGUUUGGACAGUGAGGAUCCAUUAAAGAUCACACACAACCUUCUGGACAGAAGAAGUCAAACUCUACUGACAGUCCAACAAGACAUUAAGGCUAAACUGAAACAUAAGUAUCAACACAUAUCUGAAGGAAUUGGACACCAUGGAAACCAAAUUCUGUUAAAGGACAUCUACACAGAGCUCUACAUCACAGAGGGUGGAAGUGGAGGGCUCAAUAAUGAACAUGAGGUUAGACAGAUAGAGAUGGCAUCCAAGAAACAAACCACACAAGAGACGCCAAUCAAAUGCAACGACAUCUUCAAGCCUUUACCUGAACAAGACAAACCUAUCAGAACUGUGCUGACAAAAGGAAUCGCUGGCAUUGGAAAAACAGUCUCUGUGCAGAAGGUCAUCCUUGACUGGGCAGAGGGAAAAGCAAACCAGGACGUUCAUUUCAUGUUUCCUCUUCCUUUCCGUGAUCUGAACCUGAAAAAGGACCAAUACAGUCUGAUGCAACUUCUUUCCCACUACUUCUCAGAGCUGAACGAGAUUGACAGCAUUGAAGAUGGUGAAACCAAAACUGUUUUCAUUUUUGAUGGUCUGGAUGAGUGUCGACUUCCUCUAGACUUCAAAAACAAUGAGAAGUGCUGUGAUGUCACACAGCCAACCUCAGUGGACGUGCUGCUGACAAACCUCAUCGAGGGGAAUCUGCUUCCCUCUGCUCUCGUCUGGAUAACCUCAAGGCCUGCAGCAGCCAAUCAGAUCCCUCCUGAGUGUGUUGACCAGGUGACAGAGGUACGAGGGUUCAAUGAUCCACAGAAGGAGGAGUAUUUCAGGAAGAAAAUCACAGAUCAGAAUCUGGCCAAUGAAAUCAUCAAACACAUGAAGACAUCAAGGAGCCUCCACAUCAUGUGCCACAUGCCAGUCUUCUGUUGGAUAUCAGCCACUGUCCUUGAGAUGAUACUGAAAGAGGCAGAGAAGGAUGAAGUCCCCAAAACUCUGACCCAGAUGUACUCACACUUCAUACUCAUCCAAACCAUUGUGAAGAACAAGAAGUACAACAAAGCCACAGAGACAAACCCAAAGGAACUGUCUCAGUCAGACAAAGAGAUGAUCCUGAAACUGGCCAAGCUGGCUUUCCAACAGCUGCAGAAGGGCAACCUGAUCUUCUAUGAGGACGACCUGAGAGAGUGUGGCCUUGAUGUCACAGAGGCAUCAGAGUACUCAGCAUUGUGUACAGAGAUCUUUAAAGAAGAAUCUGGGCUGGACCAAGAGAAGGUCUACAGCUUUGUGCAUCUGAGCAUUCAGGAGUUUCUAGCAGCAGUGCAUGCUUUAGAAUCAUGUCUGGACAAGAAGGAAAAUGUUUUCUCCCCCAAAGCAGUCACUAGUGAUGAUGAUGACUACAAUGAUGAAGAGGAGUCAAUCCAGUUGUCUGACUUACACGAGAGCGCGGUGGAGCAGGCCUUGACGAGUCAGAAUGGACACCUGGACCUGUUCCUCCGCUUCCUUCUGGGUCUCUCACUGGAGUCCAAUCAGAAUCUGUUACGAGGCCUUCUGACACAGACAGGAAGUACAACACAGAGCAAUGAGGAAACAGUUGAGAGAACAGUCAGGUACCUUUCAGACAAGAUCGAGGAGGAAUCCUCACCAGAAAGGAUCAUCAACUUGUUCCACUGUCUGAAUGAACUUGGUGCCAACUCUCUAGUUGAAGACAUGCAGACCUCCCUGCGAUCAGGAACUCUUUCAGAAACAGAGCUAAAACCUGAUCAAUGUUCAGCCCUGGCCUACCUGUUACUGAUGUCAGAGGAGGUGCUGGAGGAGUUUGACCUGAAGACAUACAAUACAACAAAGGAAGGUUAUCAGAGGUUGCUGCCGGUAGUGAAAACCUGCAAGAGAGCACUACUGGAUCGCUGCGAACUCACAUAUAAAUCCUGUGAGACUCUGGCCUCAGCUCUGCAGACACCAAACUCCCCCCUGAGAGAACUGGACCUCAGCUACAAUGACCUGGAAGACAGAGGAGUGGAGCUGCUCUGUGUUGGACUAACCAGUCCACUCUGCAACAUACAGACACUAGUACUGGAUGGUUGUGAACUCACAUAUAAAUCCUGUGAGACUCUGGCCUCAGCUCUGCAGACACCAACCACCCCCCUGAGAGAACUGGACCUCAGCAACAAUGACCUGGAAGACAGAGGAGUGAAGCUGCUCUCUGUUGGACUAACCAGUCCACUCUGCAACAUACAGACACUAGUUCUAGGUCAGUGUGGUCUGACAGAGGGUUGCUGUUCAGAUCUGGCCUCAGUCCUGAGUUCACCCAACUCACAACUGAAACAACUGGAGCUGAGAGACAAUGACCUGCAGGACUCAGGAGUUACACUGCUGUCUGCUGGACUGGAGGAUCCAGACUGUAAACUACACACACUGGGGCUGUCUGGCUGUCUGGUCACAGAGGAGGGCUGUGCUGCUCUGUCUUCAGCUCUGAGGUCAAACCCCUCCCACCUGAAAGAGCUGGACCUGAGCUACAAUCACCCAGGAGACCCUGCAGGUGGACUGCUUUCAGCUGCUCUGGUGGAUCCCACAUAUAAACUGAUGAAGCUGAAUGUGGAUCAUGGUGGAGAGUGCAGGCUGAAAUCAGGGCUGAGGAAAUAUGCCUGUCAUCUCACCCUGGACCCAAAUACAGCACACCCAUUCCUGAUACUGUCUGAGGGGAACAGGAAGGUGAUAUUAGUGGAAGAGAAGCAGCAUUAUGAAGACCAUCCAGACAGAUUUGACUGUAGUCCCCAAGUUCUCUGCAGAGAAGGCUUAUCUGGAUCUCGUUAUUACUGGGAGGUGAAGAUGUAUAGUGACAGCGAUGCCAAUGCUGACAUUGGUGUGGUGUACAAAGGAAUGAAGAGGAAGGGAGGGGGGGUUGACAGUAGGAUUGGACACAAUAGGAAGUCCUGGUGUUUAUACUGCUAUGAUUGUCGUUGCACUGGUAGCAGCUAUACGUUUAGCCAUGCUGGAGUCAGGAGAUCCAUCUCUUAUCCUGUUUUGAGAAAAAUCUUCUCUAUUCAUGAUUCUGAAAGAGUUGGUGUUUAUCUGGACUGGCCAGCUGGUACUUUGGCCUUCUAUAGUGUGUCCUCCUCUGGUACACUGACACACCGUUACACAGAACACACCACAUUCACUGAACCCCUCUAUCCUGGGUUUGGGGUUUACUCCUCCACCUCAGUGACCCUGUGUCAGAUAGAUGACCAACACAUUCAGAGACACCAUGGUGGAGAGUGUUGGAUCAAGCCUGGACCUGAGGACACCAGAGACCAUGGUGAGAAAUGGAUUCCUCAGAGCUGUAAGACUUGUGACCAUGUUGAGGACUCCACACACUGGCUUCAGAUUGAACCCUUGACUUCCACUGUCCAGGGAGUGACAAUGUUCAGGCACAGGACACCCAAAGGGAGUUAUGAGUGCACAGUGUCUGGGCUCCGCUGGCUGUGUGAGAGAGAUGUCAUUCUGAACUAUCACUUCAGGAACUGGGAACCCUACAGUCAACUUCUGAAAGACAUGCAGUACACACAAGGUGGUCCAUUGCUGGACAUCACUAUGGAGUUAGGUGAACUGGAGGAAGUUCAUCUGCCACACUGUGUCUGUUUAGGGACCAACCCUUCCCUGAGGAAUGAGAUGAAGAUUCUUCAUGUAGAGGAACAUGGAGUGUCUUUAGAGGAAGUGCAUGAGGUCACCAGAUUCCAUGCUAAGAUUCUCCAUCCCAAGUUCUCACCUAUCUCUCACUGAGAUUACUGUCUUGGAACGUAGAUGUCCACUGUGAGCUGAUGCUCUAUCUGACAGUGAAAAAGGAAACACUAAUUCCACGCCUAUACCUGUUCCCCAGUAACCCCGGCCAAAUACAGGCUGUGGAACAACAGUAAAAGUUUCAAGGGUCUUCAAGGAUUCUCAUCUCAAGACCAGAGCAGUCCUUCAAACUGAAUAGUUCCUUCAGACUGAACAUUCCCUGUUCUACCUCCAUCAAUCCACCGAGGAUUCAUCUCAUACAUAGAGACACCACACCAAGCUUUUUCAGGGCGGUUGUGAAAAUGACAGGGAUUGACAUUGAGAUGGAGUUAUUCAGUGAUGAUGAGAGGACAGUAUGGAAAGAAAUUGUAUCACGAGGUAGGAGCACAUGUCAAUCAUCACUUUGUACUUUUGUACCAGAUGCUAUUU